AAGAAGAUCACCCAGGGUUUAUGUUGGAGCAGGGUCAGACAAUAAGAAGCAUGUCUGAGAAAGAGAGCUAUACAUAUUUGGGACUAGAUCAAGCAAGGGGUAUCAAACACAAAGAUAUGAAAGAAGCUCUAAAGCAAAGAUUAACGAGUAGGGUCAAAUCAAUACUUAAGACUCAUCUGUCCGCAAUACACAAAAUAUUCAGAAUCAUGUCUUUGAAAAGGCUGGUUAAUCAACGCAAAAUAGCAAUCGCACGUACUACAGACGAUACUCUCAAAUUAACAUUCAAGUCGUAUUUUGAAUCACUAGAUGAUCAUUAUGAACAGUUCAAGGCUAUACAUAAUGAAGUCAUCGGCCUUCUUGAUGAUGAUACUGACGAUACCAAAUUUGAGGCACACGAUGUUAUUCAUGAUCAAUUUCAUAUUCCCGGUCCUAUUGACCUUUUAAUAGGUGCAGAACUCUCCGCCGAAAUCGCCAAACUAGGGAGAAUCCCAGUACCUCAAGGACAACCUUUGGCCAUUAAAACUAUCUUCGGUUGGGUACUUUUAGGUGCCACAAAUCUAGGUACUCAACUUCAAAUUGAUUCUUACUUCGUCUCUUGUGAACAUUCUCUCGAAUCAACCAUUAGGAAGUUUUGGGAAUUAGAAGCAGUCAAACUCAAAACAAUUCUGUCACCUGAUGAGAACAGAUGUGAAGAAGUUUACAAAAGGAUCACAACCCGAGAUGCUUCAGGAUUCAAGAAAACGCAAACUGCCCAUUUGGAACCUCUUCAACUAGAGUCCAUUAACUUCGAAGAAACGAACAACAUUAGAGCCGCCCUGGAUUUGAACAAGCACAUACUCCAAGAAAUCCCCGAUAAUCCAAUUAUUGAUCUUCAAUCAAAGGUGGCGGACAUCCGCCUUUUCCACACUAUAUUUGAUACCAUGGUGAUACUAAUCCAGAAACUUAAGAUUUCUUUCAUCGCCUUCACUCAGUUGAUGGAAAAAAAGAUGGUAUUACAAUAUAAUGAAACGUAA